GCAGUGGUGGCAGAGCUCACACACACCACUCGUACCACUCUAUGGUACUACUAGUCGAUCCACUCGAUCAUCCCCUCAUUGCUAAGAACAUUAGUAAUGACGGUGUGAACGCAAUGGGAGAGACGAAAAGACAGAGGACUUCGUAUACGAGAUAUCAAACGCUAGAAUUGGAGAAAGAAUUUCAUUUUAAUCGUUAUCUAACGAGAAGACGGCGGAUAGAAAUCGCGCACUCCUUAUGCCUCAGCGAAAGACAAAUCAAGAUUUGGUUUCAAAACAGAAGAAUGAAAUGGAAGAAAGAACAUAAGAUGCAAAGUGUAGUUCCGCCACAAUUACCUCAAAUGUUAGGUCCAGUCGACCAUCAUUUGCAUCAUUUGCAUGAAACCAAAGCGUGAACUCAUUGAGCGUCGAAAAUAUUAAUAUAAAUAUUUAAGAAUCGUUUAAACAUUCAAUUAUACAAAAACAAUACACAAACACAUCAAUUGAUAGGAAAACACUUUUACCAAAUAUUAUUAUCGAUAAACAAAUUAGCAUUAAUUUAAUCAUAAAUUCAUUUUAGAUAAAAACGACUCAAUAAUUAAAGACAUUAAUGGAUAAAAGGAAAACAUUUCCCUAAAGGGAUAAUAAUUGCAUAAUAUCUGCAAAAGAGAGUCAGAAUUUCUUUUUUAUAUCGAAAUAACUGUUUUUUAAUUGAUAUGAAACGGGACUUAAAAAAUUUUAUGUGAAUUGGAGAUAAUAUUUCGAUAUACUGUCGCUAUGUU